CUAGCGCGUUCAGACCGCUCAUGGCGCCCGCAUCGGAUCUGGCGCCGCAACGAUCAACGCCAUCGCCGCCCUCGCCGACCACCUACUUGGACCCCAGUUCUGGAAUGACCUUGAACAUGAGAGACCAUCUUCAACAAAUGGCUGGUCAAAGAAUGAUGUACCUCUCCAGUCAGUUAUGAACUUUAUGGCCAAAAAACAUAUUCUACUGCUCCAUGCUGGAGGUGAUUCAAAGAGGGUUCCAUGGGCAAACCCGAUGGGAAAAGUUUUCCUACCGCUACCAUAUUUAGCGGCAGAUAAUCCUGACGGACCUGUUCCCUUACUUUUUGACCAUAUACUAGCAAUUUCUUCUAGUGCAAGGCAAGCUUUUAAAAAUGAAGGUGGAAUCUUCAUAAUGACUGGAGACGUACUACCUUGUUUUGAUGCUUCCACCAUCGUUCUACCAGCUCACUCUUCCUGUAUUAUCACUGUCCCGAUUACCUUGGACAUUGCAUCUAAUCAUGGUGUUAUUGUAGCUGGGAAAGAUGGCACUAUGAAUGAGAAUUACUCACUUUGUUUGGUUGAGGAUCUCCUGCAGAAGCCAACUUCGAAACAACUCUCAGAGUCUCAGGCUAUUCAGCCUGAUGGUAGAGCAUUACUAGAUACAGGGAUAAUAGCAGUGAGAGGUAAAGCAUGGCAGGAGCUUGUUACGCUUGCAUACUCCUCAAGUAAAAUAAUUGUCUCGGAGCUGCUAGAAUGCAGAGAAGAGUUGAGUUUAUAUGAAGAUCUGGUAGCUGCAUGGGUCCCUGCAAGACAUGAAUGGCUGAAGUUGCGUGCUUUAGGAAGAGAGCUAGUUGGUGCGUUGGGAAGUCAAAGGAUGUUCAGCUACUGUUCUUAUGGAUUGUCAUUCUUACACUUUGGGACAUCUAGCGAAGUUUUGGAUCACUUGGGUAGGUUUGAUUCAGGUCUAGUAGGUAGAAGGCAUCUAUGCUCAAUCCCGGAAACAACUGUUUGCGACAUUGCUGCAUCUGCUGUUAUUCUUUCUAGCAAAAUUUCGCCUGGGGUCUCAAUUGGAGAGGAUUCUUUGAUUUAUGAUUCAUCUCUUUCUGGAAGAAUACAGAUUGGUUCACAGUCCAUUAUUGUUGGAGUAAAUUUUCAAGAACUAAGUGAUCCUAAUCAAAAGGGGAGAGAACGAACAUUCAUAUUACCUGAUCGCCAUUGUCUUUGGGAAGCACCAUUGGUAGGUAGCACAGAAAGAAUUAUUAUCUAUUGUGGUCUCCAAGAUAAUCCUAAAACUUCUGCUGAAGGACAUGGUACCUUUUGUGGGAAACCAUGGAAGAAAGUCUUGCAUGACCUGGGAAUUCAAGAAACUGAUUUAUGGAGUUCGACUGGCCCCAAAGAGCAGUGCUUGUGGAAUGCUAGGAUAUUUCCUAUCCUCCCUUCUUCAGAGAUGCUUAGCGUAGGCAUGUGGCUCAUGGGAUCGACAAGUUCCAAAUGUCAAAAUAUGCUUUCUAUGUGGAAAAAUUCACGCCGUUUCAGCUUGGAGGAGUUGCAUCGGACAAUAGACUAUCCUCAACUUUGUAUGGCUUCCAGUUACCAUCAAGCUGAUCUGGCAGCUGGAAUUGCUAAAGCAUGUAUUACCUACGGUCUGCUUGGUCGCAAUUUGGCUCAAUUAUCUGAAGAAAUUUUGCAGAAAGAUACAUCAGGAGUAGAAAUAUGCAAAGAACUUCUUGCACUCUGUCCCAGUCUUGAGACACAGAAUCCUGGGGUUCUACCCCGUAGCAGGGCAUACCAGGUCCAGGUUGACCUGCUGAGGGCUUGUGGAGAUGAGUCAACUGCUUGCACAGUUGAGCAAAAGGUUUGGACUGCAGUUGCUAGUGAAACUGCCUCUGCAGUGCAGUAUGGAACUCAAUGUCAUGCCCUUGAUUUCCAAGCUGUGGUGAAAUCUUCAUCAAGUCCAAAGAAUGAACCGACUGGAAACAUUUUUCAGCCAAGACAAGCAACUGUUGAAUUACCUGUCCGGGUUGAUUUUGUCGGUGGAUGGAGUGAUACACCACCUUGGAGCUUGGAGCGUUCCGGUUGUGUUCUUAAUAUGGCAAUAAGCUUGGAGGGUUUACUUCCUAUUCGAACUGUGAUAGAGACAACUGAAAAUACUGGGAUUCAAAUUGUAGACGAUGCUGAUAGUCAUAUAUUUAUUGAAGAUCCAACUUCAAUUACUACUCCAUUUGACAAAGAUGAUCGCUUCAGGCUUGUCAAAUCUGCUCUACUUGUCUCAGGCAUUCUUCAUCGCAAUAUAUUGUCAAAUUCUGGUCUAAGAAUUAGGACAUGGGCAAAUGUUCCUCGAGGAAGUGGUCUUGGCACUUCCAGUAUAUUGGCUGCAGCUGUUGUGAAGGGACUUUUGAAUCUAAUGGAAGAAGAUGAAAGUAAUGAAAAUGUUGCUAGAAUGGUUUUAGUUGUAGAACAGAUAAUGGGUACAGGAGGAGGAUGGCAAGACCAGAUCGGUGGGCUCUAUUCAGGCAUCAAAUGCACUUACAGUUUUCCAGGACAACCACUAAGACUCCAAGUAAUUCCCCUCAUAUCCUCUCCUCAGCUGGUUCGGAAAUUGGAACAACGUCUCCUAGUUGUUUUCACAGGCCAAGUGCGACUUGCUCAUCAAGUCUUGCAAAAAGUGGUAGUUAGAUAUCUUCGCAGAGACAACCUGCUGAUCUCCAGUAUCAAGCGUCUAGUAACGCUGGCAAGUAUUGGGAGGGAAUCCCUAAUGAAUGGAGAUGUUGAUGAGCUAGGAGAGAUCAUGCUUGAAGCUUGGAGACUCCAUCAGGAGCUAGAUCCCUAUUGUAGUAAUGAGCUUGUGGACAAGAUCUUUUCUCUUGCUGAUCCCUAUUGCAGCGGCUAUAAGCUAGUAGGUGCAGGCGGAGGUGGCUUUGCUCUGCUACUUGCUAAGGACCUCCAUUGUGCUCAAGAACUGAGGCAAACUCUUGAAAAUGCAUCAGAGUUUGACGUUAAAGUAUAUAACUGGAACAUUUUUCUGGGAUAGUGUUCUAGUAUAUAGCAAUUGCUGUGUUUUGUUCAGUCUUUUCAUUUACUUUCCACAGCAUCUGAGGGUAACUUGAGAUUUGUUGUUGGUUUCCUGUCAUGAGUUUGUUGUUUGAUUUUUAUGACAAGGCCUAAUUGAAGGGUUUGGAUUCACGUAUUUGUAUUUGUUAAUAAACUUGUUUAUGUAAAUACGCAUGAUCCAUAUUUGUUAGUACACUCGUAUUUCUUUCCA